AUGGUGGACAUACUUUAUAUUAUUACGUUAGUUCCAACGGUACUUCUAUCAUCGUUGAGAUCGGAUGAUGAUGCAUUUGAUAAAAUAAAUUAUAAGUACACUGUUGCUUUACUCGUUCUUUUUGCGACGAUAACAGCAACGAAACAAUUUGACGAUGAUAGAAUAGAAUGUUGGAAUCGAGCAAAUUUUAUAAAAUCUUACAUAGCGUAUACAAAUCAAAUAUGUUACAUUUCGUCAACAUAUUAUGUUAAUCGGAAUAAGACAAUACCUGACAACAUACAAGACCGAAUGGAUCGUAGAUUAAAUUAUUAUCAAUGGACACCGUUUAUUAUUUUACUGAUGGCAUUAUUUUUUUAUAUACCACGUUUAGUAUGGCGUGCGUUAAGUGUUCGUUCAGGUAUUGAUCUUCUCGAUUUGGUUGAAGCAGCUGAUGACAUAAGAUCAGUUAAACAAUUCGAUGGGCAUGGUCCAUUAGUCCAACAUAUUGUUGAUACAAUUGAUAUGUAUGUUGAUGAUGCACGUCGACAAAUCGAUGCUGAAAAACGACAAACAGCAUUAUUCAGGAAACUCUUUCAAUUAGUUUGCUGUAUGACUGGAAAAUUUCUAGGCAAUUAUUUUAUUACACUUUAUAUAUUUGGAAAGCUGUAUUAUAUUUGCAAUGUUAUUUUACAAAUAUGUUUAUUGAAUAUAUUUCUGGGAACGAAUUUUUUAAAAUUCGGCUUUGAACGUGUUAAAUUAUUUCGUUACGGACUCAAUCAGCCAGAAUCAAAAUAUUUUCCUCGAGAAACAUUCUGUGAUUUUUAUGUACGCGAACCAUUACGCGGUGGAGAACCAUUACAAAGAAUUACUGUCCAAUGCGUACUAACUGUUAAUCUUUUCAAUCAGCAAAUCUUCACUUUACUUUGGAUUUGGUUCGUUGUUCUAUUUUUUCUCAAUAUUUAUUCUCUAUGCUCGUGGAUUGGACGUCUUGCUAUAUAUAAAAAUCGACAUAAUUUUAUACAAUCGCGUCUUACGCGUAUAUCACGCCUUGAAAUUCCACGUUUUCGCAUCGACUUUAAACAUGCUACACGCGAAAAAGGUGAUUAUGUACAUGAAGCACUUAUACGAGCGUUCAUAACGGAAUAUUUAGAACAAGACGGAUACUUUUUCAUACGCAUGCUAACAGUUAACGUCUCUGAUUUUAUCGUACAAGAAAUCCUUGAAAAAUUGUGGGCUCACUAUGUAAUGCGAUAUGGUGAAAGAGAUGCUACUAUUGCUGAGUUAUCUUAUUGUAGCACUCGAUCAGAAGAAUCAACUUCGGCAGUUACUUCAACGAAUUAUCGUAUGCAACGUAUAGCUGAUGAAUUUAGAGGCGCAAGUGAUGCUAAGCGAAAAUAUUUAAAGCAGCUUUCUGAAGUUGGAGCAUUUUUACCAGAACCAAUGACGACAAAUGAGGCAAUCUCAAGCUCAAAUCAACAGAAGAAACAACAAGUUUAG